AACAUGAAGAUCCUCCUUCUUUUGGGGUUGGUGGCAGUCACUCUGGCUGAGGUGACACGUUUUGAUGGAGGAAAGGUGUAUCGCCUCAAGCCAAAAACUGAAGAGCAUGUGGAGAUCAUUAAGGAAAUCGGAGACGAGUUUCAGCUGGAUUUCUGGAUCCCCAGCAAGGCUGACCAGGUGACCAUCAGCUCCAAUGUGGAUGUUCGUGUUGAUGCCGCCUACAUCGAUUACAUCAACGCUGUUCUGCAGCAAACCGAGAUAGAGCACGAGAUACUGAUUGAUGACCUUCAGGCUGCGAUUGACGCUCAGGUAGACAACGGGAGGAUCUCCACCAAAGCCUAUUCCUAUGAAAAGUACAACAGCUGGGAUACAAUCCAGUCUUGGAUGGACCAAACGGUGUCAGCCAACUCUAACCUGGUCAGCAGGAUGAUCAUCGGCACCACGUACGAGGGACAGCCCAUGCAUGUUCUGAAGUUAGGUAAACAAAGUGGCUCCAGCAAGCCUGCCAUCUUCAUGGACUGUGGCAUCCAUGCCAGGGAAUGGAUCUCCCCAGCCUUCUGCCAGUGGUUUGUCAAAGAGGCUGUGUCUACCUAUGGGACGAACUCCCAGAUGACCAGGCUUCUGGACCAGAUGGAUGUCUAUGUACUGCCGGUGUUUAACAUUGAUGGCUACCGGUUCACGUGGAGCAAUAACAGAAUGUGGAGGAAGACCCGCUCUAAGAAUCCGGGGUCCACAUGCAUCGGAACCGAUCCCAACCGGAAUUUCAAUGCUGGCUGGUGUACCGUUGGAGCUUCCAAAAACCCCUGCAGUGACACCUACUGCGGCUGCAAACCCGAGUCCGCGGUGGAAGUCAAGGCCGUGGCAGACUUCCUCCGCAAGAACAAGUCAAUCAUUAAGUCCUACUUGACCAUUCACUCCUACUCCCAGCUGCUGCUGUUCCCCUACUCCUACACCACGGCACCGGCACCUGACCACGUUGAACUGAUGCGCGUGGCUGAGGGGGCCGCUGCUGCCUUGAAGUCCCUCUAUGGGACCCAGUACACCUGUGGCCCUGGAGCUGAAACGAUCUACCUUGCUGCCGGGGGCUCUGAUGACUGGGCCUAUGACCUAGGGGUGAAGUACGCCUACACCUUCGAGCUGCGUGACACUGGCCGCUACGGCUUCCUGCUCCCCGAGUCGCAGAUAAAGCCCACGUGCCAGGAGACCAUGCUGGCCGUCAUGUACAUCGCCGACCAUGUGCUCAACAGCCUGUAAUAGGGCUGCUCUUAGCUCACGCCAGUGUACUACACACGCCCCCCCCUCAUUUCCUGAAAUUGGACUGAAAAUAAUUGUCAGACACGGCCGACUAGAGUGAAUAAAUAAAAUGUUGAACCUAA